AUGCCGAAGUCCGCCAAGCAGCUCCUCCCUCGUACUGAGGACCGCACGAUCCACGUGCACAAGCUGGUCUACAAGGUCCAGUUUAAGAAGCGCGCCAAGCGCUGCAUCUCCGAAAUCAAGAAGAUCGCAACAAAAGCUAUGGGCACCACCGAUGUUCGCAUCGACGGAAAGCUCAACAAGCACAUCUGGAGCAAAGGUACGAAUAGACUGAUGAUUUAAGUCGAACUUUAGAAAGAACACGUUUGGGUUAACACAUGAGACAGUCUGAAAGGAUGCACUAAGACACAUAAGGGCUUUUAGUCGGUAGUAGAAGCCAUUUUCUUUUAGUGUAUGCAGAUGCCAGCAUGCAAUCCCGUUCGCUGUCUGAACCAACUUGUAAUACGUGAGUUAGAAACUGUAGUGAUUUAGAUUUAGGCCCGAUCCCCGUGACACUUUGAUUCAGGACUUGAACGCGCAAAAUAUAUUCUAUUUUCCAUGAUCUCUUUCACAGGUAUCAAGAACUUGCCGCGUCGGGUGCGUGUGCGAUUGUCCCGCAAGCGUAAUGAGGAUGAGGAUGCCAAGGAGAAGACUUUCACUUUGGUCCAGUACGUCCCGGUCGACUCCUUUAAGGGUCUCGAGACCGAAGCCGUCAACGAGGAGUAAGUUACAGGCAACUCAGAGUCCAAAGCAGGGACGAAACAGUUGUAGGCAGCGAAGAAUAUUUGGUGAUGUUUCACCGUUCUUAGAAACGGAACGGUGCGCAUUAGGGAUGCCAGACAAACGAGUUUCCGCGAAUGGUGGAUCGACCGUCGGCAAGCCUAAAUGCCUAUCGAGCAGGAGAAAGCUGUGACCUAAUGGUCAUCCCAUACUCACCUGUGGUCGACAAAAGUAGGAGCAAUGCGACCGUUCCAGGAUGUGUGAAAGUAGGAACAAAUCUCUUCAUUGCAGACAUUCUUUGUUUCGGCUGUAAACAGUGAUCAGUGUCUAAUAAAAAAGUGCCCUUUGGGUCGGAGUCCGUUGUCCUUUGCGACACUGCGAGAUGGUGGCGCGUG